AUGAGACCGACCAGGGCUCUCGCUCAGGUGGCUUUCUGCCUCUCCACCAUGACCUCGUUGGCUGCGGCUUGGCCAACCUGGUUAGACACUGCCGCCCACGCUAUUGUUGCUAGACAAGACGCGGCGGAGACAUCUGAUGCCAAAACCACAAAAGCAUCUAGGCCCACCGGCAACCUAAACACCGCUGCCACCCUCGACCCCGAUGCGCCGCGAACGACCUCGGGAGCCAAGGGAGGCAGCAGCGGCGACGGGAAGAACAGCACCAAGACCCGCGAGGAGUUCGAUGCCACGGCCCCUCCAGGAGGCGCCGUCAUGGUUACACCCGACCCGAGGCUAGGCGCCCCCCUCAUCAAGGCUGGUGAUACCGUCACCUUCACGUGGAACUAUACCAACGUCCUCGCCGACCCGACCGCCGUCGACGUGCUGCUCAGCUGCUCCCGUGUCUCCGCCACCUGGACCUUGACCGCGAACAUGUCCUACCAGGACCCCGCCACGUAUGUUUGGGAUUCGAAUGUUCAGGCCACCGACCCCUCCCAGCCGCUGCUCACCGAAGAGUUCACCAUGAUCAUUAAGGAUUCGGAUGCUUCUAUUUCGGACUCGGCCCAACCCGGAUACCUCUCCAGGACCGACGUUAGGCUCGAAAUUUACACUCCGAAGGACUACACCCCUUUGAGCGAAUGGAACUGUGCUACCUGCAGUUUUGCCGCGUCCGAUCUCGACCAGAAGGCCUUGAUGUUUGCUACGUCCAUGUGCCUGAUAACCAUCGCCAGCUUCACCUGGUUCGUGACAGGCCUUAACCUCUGA